ACUCAGAAAAACAGUCCAUUCAUUCUUUUUAUAGACAUUAUUCAUUGGGUUAUGAUGCUGAAAGUAACUGAUGUAGUAUAUAUUCACUGCAUCCUAAUGAGCUCUCAAAUAGACCUGUAAUUUCCAGCGCACAAAUUCAAUCGAUUCACAAGAAACCUAGGCGUUAUCAGAACGCCAAUCUCCAGUCCAACUUUGACAGGAGCGGCUGAAGGAUUACGGUGGGAGACAAAUGAGAAACAGAGGCGCCUCCAAAAACUGCGAACUGGUAACCAUUACGAAGGUUGCGUAAGACGGAGAUUAUCCCGAAAGGUGUCUCGUCUUUCCUACCUUCCUAGGUACCAGUUGAAGUCUCUCAGGCUAAGGUGUCUACAGGAUUGUUGUGCAGGACGCGAUCAGAAGGGUUCGACGGAUUAGAAAAGCGUCGACAGGAAGAUGUCGUUGAUUUUCGCAUUGGUUUUAUGCCUGGUUGUUGGCGAUGUCCAUUGUCAAAGGAACUUUGGAACCUCAGCCACAAAAAUCGUUAGUGAACACAAAUUACCCUUCAUAGCUGGACUGCAGUUGGGAAGGCCUGGCAAUUCAAACUUACCUUCUAAUUGCUUCUGUCUACCGGUCAACCAGGCGUGUCCGAGUGUACCAUUAUCUGUACUACUUAAGGUUUCGAGUAGUAACGCUGGGAGCACAUGUGCAGAUUCUGGGCAGAAAAUGUGUUGCCCUCCUGGGUCUGAAGGUAGUCCAAAAGUUCCUAGCCCGGGUGAUGUGCCCGAUUCUAACUUCCCACCAAGUUCUGUCGGGACAAGAGGCUGCGGCAUCCCUAGCCCACUUCCAUACCGACAAGCAAACCCUGCUGAGGCAGAUUUCGGCGAGUAUCCUUGGAUGGCCCUCGUCCUGGAUCUAGAUAACAACUACAUUGGUGGAGGAGCUCUUAUCUCUCCUGAAUGGGUCCUUACGGCUGCUCACGUUAUCAGCAGAGCGCAGGGAAGGAAGACGAAAGUCAGGCUGGGCGAUUACGACGUCGCAGCUCCCCAGGACCAUCCGGAGAUUGCCCACGUCGAAAGGGUCGUCAACGACAUCGUCGUACACCCGGACUUUAACCCGAAGAGCCUUGCCAACGACGUGGCCCUGCUGCACUUCCAGCCAUUCGACAGCCAGGGGCUUCCCCACAUAGGGACAGUCUGCAUCCCCGAGCAGGGCCAACUGUUCUUCUCCAGUAGUGAAAAUUGCUGGGUCACAGGCUGGGGCAAAGACGAAUUCUCGGAGGACGCGUCCUACCAGCUCAUCAUGAAGGAGGUCGACGUGCCCAUGAUUGACCCUUUCGCGUGCGAGGCUCGUCUUCAAAGAACGCGGCUCGGCCCCACCUUCACCUUGGAUUCGAACGCCUUCGUCUGCGCGGGAGGCGUCCAGGGGAAAGACGCCUGUACUGGAGACGGAGGAUCGCCGCUCGUCUGCCGGACAACCAGAGGCUGGACCGUGACGGGUUUAGUGGCCUGGGGGAUCAGGUGCGCCGAAGCAGAUGUUCCCGGGGUCUACGUCAAUGUGGCCAAUUACGUGAAUUUCAUCCGGCAGUAUGUUAGAAUAUAGAACCGAGGACUGGUUGUGGAUAACAGGAGGCGGCAAAAUUAGGAAGCACCAAUUUGAAGUUCUGUCUUGACUGCAGGCACAGGAUUUCCCAAGCUGGCUGCUCACACGACCUCACCAAUCAACCUCUGCUGAAUGAAAUAAAACUCAAAUUAUUUUUAUGUGGAAAUAUCAGUGACCUUUUUUUCAACUUGCAGAACCCGGUCCUGAAGGUAUUAUCUAAUAAUGAAAUGACAUUAUGCCGUUAAAUAUCAAUGUCUGUCUUUUGUUUUUAGGCUGACUCAAAUAAUUGUGACAUACGUCUAUCAAUAAUGGAGUGAAAACUCCAUUGAGAAAAUGAGGGAAGUAAUUCUUCUUUUGGCUCAUCAAAAUUUGUCUAUCCCCCAUUUUCAUAAGUUUAAUAGGAAAAUCGGUAUUAUCAAGUCACCUAUACAUUUUAUUCGCUAUAUUCUUCUCAAAAGCUAGAAUUGAAUUAAAUAUGGAAUUUAGGCCAAAGGCCAAGCACUGGGACCUAUGAGGUCUUUUAGUGCUGAAAGGGAAAAUGAAAGUAGAAGGGUUUGAAAGGUGUAACAGGAGGAAAACCUCACAGUUGCACUCUGAAUCAAUUAUUAUAAGAGGGUGGGAAGUGAGAUGGAAAAAAGAGAAUAUGAAAGGAGGUACAGCAAAAGAAACAAAAGGCGUUGCAGCUAGGGGACGAAGGCACGCUGCUAAGAACCUUAAGUCAUGCCUACAGUGCACCAACUGAGAUGCACUGAGGGCGCUAUCCCCCUACGGUGCUCAAAAGCUAGAAGGUGCAAUACAGUUGUUGCAUAGGAUACCUGUACGUAGGGGUAUGGAUUCAUUAAUACAGAACAGGUAUUUCCAGGACCUGCUUGCUUCUGUGGAAUGGCUGAAUUUUUCUAAAAAAAAAAAACAAAAAAACAGGGAUCCUUUGAAAUAUGGAAUGAUCUGAGUUUCGUGUAACAUAAAUGAUAAAACCAUCAAUGAUUAUAAACUUAAUUUAAUCAUUUAAUCAACCUGAAAUUUUUUUCCGCACUAUCUAUGAGAGAGAGAGAGAGAGAGAGAGACUCAU